AGUGGCAUGCCUCUUGUUAUACCCAAUUUUCACCUGGUUCCCACCCUCCCUUCUCCAAUCCUGUCCCAGCAUUACCAGAGAUGUGAGAAGGGAAAAUGCUCCAGUGUCUGCCAGUCAGAGGUCAGCCCCAGCCUUUGAGGCUGUAUUCCAGGCUCACUGCAGGGCCAGGGCUCAUACUUACCAGGGCCCAGGUCACAGUUCAGCCUGCAGCCAGAGCUCAGUGCUUCGAUUACAUUCAGCCUUGGUGCUCAGCCUGGGGCCAAGGUCAGUGCUAAAUAUGCAGCUAAAUUCCAGUCUCAGCAGGUAUCUGGGUCUGCAUUUCCUAUUGGAAAUUAGCUCACAGUGGAGAUAAGAUAACCACCCUGAGAGUCUCAGAAACCUAGCUGUGUCAGAGUGACCCAGGAUUUGCUUGGGCCAGAUCCAUGGUGCUGCAGGAGUCACCUAGUAAGCAGUGGUGGUGCUGGGACUAAGAACCCAGGAUUCCUGUCUCUUAGUUUGGGUCUCUGAUCGAUGCCUCCCCACCCACCUCCCCCAGAGGUCUCUUCUGAAUCUGGGAUCCUUCAGUUCUACAAGACAAAACAAAUUUGAACUCUAGAUGGACCCAGCUGGGUAGAUCUGACUAUAUUCUACCUCCCAGUGCCAGGCACAUAGUAGAUGCAGUAGGAAUGUCUACUGAGUGUCAGGUGCAGGAGGAGGGGACAGUGGCUUACUCAGAUUUGGGGCUGGAGGAGGCUGGCUUGCAGGGGAGGUCUCUCCUGCCAUUGUCAGAGGAAGCAGUGCCCUUCUAGGCCUGCCGCAGCCCCCCUCCUCCGGUGCCUGCAGCCACACUCAGAAGCCUCCCAGCUGGUCACGUGAGGGCCUUUUCCUCUUUAAGGGUGAAAAAAAGGAAAGGACAUUUUUGGUAAAAAAGUCCCUCCUGCUCCCUGGGAAUCCCCGGUGGCCGGAUGGACGGGAUAUCCCAGAGGAAGCCAAAGGCUGCGGCCCACCUCCUCCCCCCAGCACAAUGCAGCCAGGCUCUCCCACGCUGCACCAGCUGGCCUUUCGGGCUCCCAGAGGUCAUCUCAUCCAGGUCCCUGUCUCCAGGGUCUGGAUGGAGCCUGCAGGGAGCCUCUGAGAUCUCUCUAAUGGUCUGAGCCCGUGGAUACCAGCCCCAGGCCAGGCCAUGGCACUGUGCCUGAAGCAGGUGUUUGCCAAGGACAAGACGUUCCGGCCACGGAAGCGCUUUGAGCCGGGUACUCAGCGCUUUGAGUUGUACAAGAAAGCACAGGCCUCGCUCAAGUCCGGCCUGGACCUGCGCAGCGUGGUGAGGCUGCCCCCCGGGGAGAACAUCGACGACUGGAUCGCGGUGCACGUGGUCGACUUCUUCAACCGCAUCAACCUCAUCUACGGCACCAUGGCCGAGCGCUGCAGCGAGACCAGCUGCCCGGUCAUGGCCGGCGGGCCGCGGUACGAGUACCGCUGGCAGGACGAGCGCCAGUACCGGCGGCCGGCCAAGCUCUCGGCGCCGCGCUACAUGGCGUUGCUCAUGGACUGGAUCGAGGGCCUCAUCAACGACGAGGAGGUCUUUCCCACGCGUGUUGGUUUUCAUGCCAGAGUCCAACGGAGAACUGAAGAACACUGGCUACAUACAGAAGCUGGAAGAUACCCACCUCCUGGCAGGAGCAUUAUUUCAUUUGAAAUUCCAAGUUUACAGAGGAUCAUUUCUCGAAAGUUGGGAAAACCUAUAGAGAUGGGCAGCAGCGAGCCCCUUCCCAUCGCAGAGGGCGACAAGAGGAAGAAGAAGAAGCGGAAGGCCCGGGCCACUGACUCCUCGCCAGGAAAGUUUGAAGAUGUGUAUAAGCUGACCUCAGAAUUGCUCGGAGAGGGAGCCUACGCCAAAGUCCAAGGUGCCGUGAGCCUGCAGAAUGGCAAAGAGUAUGCUGUCAAAAUCAUCGAAAAACAGGCAGGACACAGUCGGAGCAGGGUAUUUCGAGAGGUGGAGACGCUCUAUCAGUGUCAAGGAAACAAGAACAUUUUGGAGCUGAUUGAGUUCUUUGAAGAUGACACAAGGUUUUACUUGGUCUUUGAGAAAUUGCGAGGAGGCUCCAUCCUUGCCCACAUCCAGAAGCGGAAACACUUCAAUGAGCGAGAAGCCAGCCGAGUGGUGCGGGAUGUUGCUGCUGCCCUUGACUUCCUGCAUACCAAAGGCAUUGCUCAUCGUGAUCUGAAGCCAGAAAAUAUAUUGUGUGAAUCUCCAGAAAAGGUGUCUCCGGUAAAAAUCUGUGACUUUGACUUGGGCAGUGGGGUGAAACUGAACAACUCCUGUACCCCCAUAACCACACCAGAGCUCACCACCCCGUGUGGCUCUGCAGAGUACAUGGCCCCCGAGGUGGUGGAGGUCUUCACGGACCAGGCCACUUUCUAUGACAAGCGCUGUGACCUGUGGAGCCUGGGCGUGGUCCUCUACAUCAUGCUGAGUGGCUACCCCCCGUUUGUCGGUCACUGCGGGGCAGACUGUGGCUGGGACCGGGGCGAGGUCUGCAGGGUGUGCCAGAACAAGCUGUUUGAGAGUAUCCAGGAAGGCAAGUAUGAGUUUCCGGACAAGGACUGGGCGCACAUCUCCAGCGAGGCCAAAGACCUCAUCUGCAGGCUCCUGGUGCGAGAUGCCAAGCAGAGACUCAGCGCUGCCCAGGUGCUGCAGCACCCGUGGGUGCAGGGGCAAGCUCCAGAAAGGGGACUCCCCACGCCGCAAGUCCUCCAGAGGAACAGCAGCACGAUGGACCUGACGCUGUUCGCCGCGGAGGCCAUCGCCCUUAACCGCCAGCUGUCGCAGCACGAGGAGAACGAACUGGCAGGGGGGCCAGAGGCGCUGGCUGAGGGCCUCGGCUCCAUGAAGCUCUCCCCUCCCUCCAAGUCUCGGCUGGCCCGCCGGCGGGCCCUGGCCCAGGCAGGCCGCAGUGGAGAUGAGGGACCGUGCCCGACACCCACAGCACUCUGAGCCACUCCAGUCACACCUUGUAGGCCCCAGGCCUGUCCAGUCAUGGCCCCUGUGGAAACCCGUGUGGCCAAAGUCUACAGAAAGGCAACGGGCCUGCAUUGUGGCUCCAUCAGGCCUUUUCUCUACAAAGGCCCUGAGGUUCCCACUCAACCCCCCAUUUCCCCAGGGUCCUGGAGGAAAAAGCUUUUCCUAAGGGGUUGUCUUUGAAAACGAAAGCAAUCACUUGUCACUUUGCAUAAUCGCCUGUGGCGGGAACAUCUCUUUGCCAGGCUCCACCUGCUCACCGCCUGCAGAGGAUCCAGCUCCCACCGCAGAGGCGCUGGGGCUGCAGCCUUCAGGGAGCCAGCUUCCAGAAGCCAGGAGCAUCCGUUGACAGUGGCUGCGACACGUGCCUCUUCCAACUCUCUGCACUGUCACCCUCCUCUGGCCGUCCUCCACCUUCCUCUGUCCUCCGCACGUCCUCUUUGCCCGUCCUCUCCCUUGGCUGAGCAAAGCCAUCCCCUCAAUUCAGGGAAGGGCAGGAAUCUUCCUCGUUCAGGAAACCAGAUCAGUCUUCCAGCGUGUAGCACAGAAGCACAUAAUCUUUCUUCGCCGUGACCGAAAUGUGCUCCUCAUUUAUCAUCCUCUUCUUCGUUUGUGAUUGCUGCUAAAGUCCUAUGUUGUUUUUAUAAAGUUUGUUUUUAACCAGGCUCUUCCAGCAAAGGUGGGACUUUAAACUCCCACCACAAGCCCGUGGACUUCCCAGAGCACGCACAUACGGGCUUGCUCUUGUUUCGGGAAUGUCCACGCGUUUAGGUUUUAACGAGCUAGUCCCUGUUAUUCUAACUGGUUUUAAGCCGUUGCUAUGAGGAGCAACUUGGAGACAGUGGAGACAGUGCCGGUGUCAUGUCACAUGGAGGCGGCACAGGUCUGGGCAGUCAGAUGGAGCCCUGCACCUGGGGCAAAGCUGGGUCAGAGCAGCCCCAAACAGCAUGAAGGUACAGCCCCUGUCGCAAGAGCUGAGCUAUUGAUUUAUAUAAAGAAAAUAGAUUUGCAUAUGUCAGAUGUUUAUACAACACAAGGAUGGUUUUAUAUAUUGUGCUUGUUUUAAUAAAACU